AUGGAACUCAACCCAGAACAUUUUCGCGCCAUAAUUUAUUACAACUUUCAGAGACAAUUAUCUCAACAAGAAUGCCUUGCUGAGUUACUGUCUGUUUUCGGCAACGAAGCGCCACAUCAUCUUAGCGACGAUAACAGGGUGGGUGCACCAAAAACGCCAGUCACCCAGGAAAACGUCGAUUCUAUGCGCAAACUCAUCAUUGAAGAUAGACAUGUGACAUAUCGCGAGAUUGAGGCGAUACCCCACCUGUUGACUGAAGAGCAGAAAGCAGCCAGGGUUAAUUGGUGUCAAAAAACGCUUGAUCGUUUCAAUUCCGGAAACUCAAAAAAUGUGUACAGCAUUGUUAGUGCUGAUGAAUCGUGGAUUUACUGUUAUGAACCAGAAAAUAAACGACAUUCGGCUGUUUGGCCAACAAAAGUCAUCCGUUCUCGAAGUGUUUCGAAAAAGAUGGUCGCGCCAUUUGUGUCAAAAGCGGGUCAUAUUGCAACAAUUCCUCCUAAUGAGCAAAGAACUGUUACUGCGGAUUGGUAUACCACCAUUUGUUUGCCAAACGUCAUCACCGAGCUUCGAAAAAUCAACCCCGAAAAAAGAAUCAUCCUUCACCAAGACAAUGCAAGCUCGCACACAGCCCAAAAAACAAGGCAGUCUUUAACGGAAGAAAACGUGGAAUUAUUGGACCAUCCUCCAUAUAAUCCCGAUCUAAAAGAAGCAGUUGGCGCAUUCAAAAAUGCCUUUUCGGAUCUGCCAGCAAACGAGUGGAAUAAGUGCUUCGAAAAUUGGUUCGAGCGCAUGCAGAUGUGUAUCAAUCUUCGUGGAGAAUACUUCGAAAAACAAUAA